GCCAUUUUUGCAAAGGGAAAAGAGACUGGUCUGAGGGGAUCUAAUUUCUAAAAGUCGCCGUGGACUAAGGCUCAGUUUUAACGGUUCCGAGGUGAUUUUUAGCCUGAGUUCGGGUUCCCGAGUAGAACAAGAGGCAAGGGAUUUCUCACGGGAAGCAACUUUUUAGAGGACACGCUGAAAUACAAACAUUUUGAAGCUUUGCUAGGGAUCCGCAGUGUGUGGACAGAAGUAUUGUUUUGGUUGUGGAGGCUGUGUGGAAAGCGACGGGUCUCCCCCAGCUCCCCUUAUUCGCUAUUGAGAUCCUCCAGAGUGGACAUAAAACGGCCUUGUGGAUGCACUUAGAUGUCUGCAAUGACUGCUGCGGCUGGCAUGCCUCAGUGUUUUGGACUCCCAUUCUCUGGACUCAGUAGGACAAGAACUGAUCAGCAGAGAACGUCAUGAGCAUAGUCAUCCCAGUGGGGGUGGACACAGCAGACACCUCAUACCUGGACAUGGCGGCGGGCUCCGAACCAGAAUCGGUGGAGGCCAGCCCUGUGGUAGUGGAAAAGUCCAGCUACCCACACCAGAUCUACAGCAGCAGUUCACACCAUUCCCACAGUUACAUUGGCCUGCCUUAUGCCGACCAUAACUAUGGGGCGCGGCCCCCACCUACACCCCCGGCCUCCCCUCCUCCCUCCAUGUUGAUCCGACAAGGAGAGGGAGGGUUGUUUGUUCCAGGGGGCCAGGACGAAGCAUCCAGGGGCACCACGCUCAGCACCUCAGAGGAUGGCAGCUACGGGGCUGACAUCACCCGCUGCAUCUGUGGCUUCACCCACGAUGACGGCUACAUGAUCUGCUGUGACAAGUGCAGUGCCUGGCAGCAUAUUGACUGCAUGGGCAUCGACAGGCAGAACAUUCCUGAGACCUAUCUGUGUGAACGCUGCCAACCACGACACCUUGAUAGGGAGAGGGCCAUCCUGCUGCAGACCAGGAAACGAGAAUGUUUAUCUGAUGGGGACACCAGUGCGACAGAGAGUGGAGACGAGGUGCCAUUAGAGCUGUACUCAACCUUCCAACACACGCCAACCACCAUCACCCUGACGACUGGGCGCCUCGGCCAUAAACAGGUUGAUAAAAAACGUAAAAAGAGUGGCGAUAAGGAGCCUCAAGCAUCCUCAGCCCGAGCCAAGAAGGCCUUCCGAGAAGGUUCCAGAAAGUCCUCCAGAGUAAAGGGUGCUGCUCCAGAGCAGGAGCCGACAGAACACCCGUCUCUGUGGGAGAACAAGAUCAAGACGUGGAUGGAGCGUUACGAGGAGGCCAGCAGCAAUCAGUACAGUGAGGACGUCCAGGUCCUGUUGCGUGUUAAAGAGCAAGGGGACGGCAAGAGCCUGGCGUACAACACACAUCCAGCCUCUUUCAAACCACCUGUGGAGAGUCAAAUUCAGAAAAACAAGAAGAUCCUCAAGGCGGUGCGAGACCUGGCCCCAGACUCCCUCAUCAUUGAGUACAGGGGAAAGUUCAUGCUUCGACAGCAAUUUGAGGCCAAUGGUUACUUCUUCAAGAGGCCGUACCCAUUUGUGUUAUUUUAUUCAAAAUUUGAUGGACUGGAGAUGUGUGUGGACGCUCGCAGCUUCGGCAAUGAAGCACGCUUCAUCCGUCGCUCCUGUACCCCCAAUUCUGAGGUGCGGCACGUCAUCGAAGACGGCAUGCUGCAUUUAUACAUCUACUCAUUGAGGCCUAUCACCAAGGGCACAGAGAUCACCAUUGGCUUUGAUUUUGACUAUGGCAACUGUAAAUACAAGGUGGACUGUGCCUGUGUGAGGGGGAACCAGGAAUGCCCGGUGCUCAAGCACAACCUGGAGCCCACGGAGAACUUAGGUUCUGGAGGUCGCCGCCGCGGGAGUCGCAAGGACAAGGAGACGGUGCGGGACGACCUGGGCCAGAACCAGAACAUGGGUUUGGACGGCGAGGGGAAGAGCAAGAGUUUAUGCGACGGCAAACAGAGAAAACUUUCUCCUCUCCGCCUCUCCAUCUCCAACAACCAGGAUCCUGAGUUAUAUGAGGAUCUUGAAGACAAAACCUCCGUUAGCAAUGAAGUAGAGAUGGAAUCAGACGAGCAGAUUGCAGAGAGGAGGAGGAAGAUGGCCAGCCCAGCGGAGCAGUCCCAUCUCCCUGUCGGGGCGGCUUCCAGCUGGAAGGGAAUGAAACACAAGGAGACACGGGAAGAAAGGAAGAUGGAGGCCAUCCUGCAAGCCUUCGCCCGCAUGGAGAAGAGGGAGAAACGCAGGGAACAGGCCCUGGAGCGAAUCGGCGGUUGCAAGUCAGAGAUGGGGGGCCGCAGUGACAUCAAGGAAGAGCCUCCGGCCACUCCUGAAACAGAAGAUUCCCCAACUCUCAUGCAGCCACUUCUGGAGGUCAAAGAGGAGCCAGGACUAAAGCAGGCAAAGGUCAAAUCCUCGAAAAACAGGAAGAGUUUCUCAAGAAACCGCACGCACAUCGGUCAGCAGCGCCGGCGAGCUCGCACCAUCAGCACCUGUUCGGACUUGGCCCCAGGCUCUCCGACUGAGUCUAUUGAGCCCAUGUCCAAUGACUCUCCUGAAGGGGAGAUCCCCACUGCACUGGAGCCCGAGACCAUGGCUUUCCAAGCAGAGGACUGCAGCCCUCCGCACAGCAGCUCACCUGCACCUGACAGAAACCGCUCUGGGAGCAAGAACUUCAAAACUAAAAAGCACUUUGUCAGCGAAUGGGUGGGAGAGAAGCAGCAGGACCAUUGUGCAGUGCGAACCCCCGAGCCGAUCCCAGAGAGACCACUGAGAAUAAGCAGUGACCCAGAAGUACUCGCCACACAGCUGAACGCCCUUCCAGGUAUGGCCUGCUCGCCGCAGGUCUACAGCACGCCCAAACACUACGUUCGUUUCUCGUCCCCAUUCCUGGCAAAUCGCAGCCCCACAACUCCCGGAGUCCCCACAGGGAGACGGCGAUCUAGAGAACUGCCAGAAACUCCGCCAACCACAGGCUCCUGCAAGAAGCGAUGGUUGAAGCAGGCUCUGGAGGAGGAAGGCUCCCCCAUCCCAGCCAGACGACAUAGCCUCCUCAUGCCCUGUGAGGGACCUCUCAGCCCCUCCAUCAAUGGAGACUCGGACAGCCCUCUACCUUAUAAUGGCAUCUGCUUGCUACCAGAGUUGCCCACACCUUUGAAAAAGCGGCGGUUGAGUCCGUUAGAUGCCUGCAUGUCCGAGGGUUCGACGCCCUACGGCUCCCCAUGUGCAACGCCCACCAGGAGCGAACAACCGGAGGCACCCGUGACGCCCGUCUUACUCGCGACCCCUCCACGUCCUCGGACAGAGGAGCCCAAUACGGAGCCCCUGCCCAGCACCCCAACACAGACACUUACUGCCCCUCAGGAGAGUGAAUCUUCUGACGAGAGCUCACCAGAGGUCAGCCGGAAACCCAGUGUGCAAGAGGCUGAUCGCCCGCCUUCGUUGGUCUCUUCUCCAAGCAACAGGGCUCCCAGCUCGGAUGUGCUACCGACCGAAGCCAAGCUGUCAGUUCCAGAGAGUCCACAGCCCCCAGUGACGGAGCCUGUGGACUGCGUAGAGGACCGGGCUGAUGCUGGAGUUGUAGAAGGCAAUAGCGAGGCUCCCUCGUCCGCAGAAACUCUUGCUUCCUCUUUUCCCGGCUGGAUAAAAAGUCCAGAGAGAGUCCCGACUGGGGCAGCUGGCCUGAACUUCUCCCCAGUCAACUCAAACUUAAGGGACCUCACCCCGUCACACACCCUGGAGCCUCUGGUGGCUCUUUUCAGGCCUGAGGCUGCAGCUGGGACUGCAGCAGUGUCCACAGCAGUGACCGGGCCAUUGGUCAGCGCUCAAGCCCCCUUCAGUGAAGGCCAGGGGCAGCUCUUUUACCCCUGCGCUGAGGAGGGAAGCUCACUGGGAUUCUCUCGCUCACUGAACGGGGACGGCAGCGGCGAGGCAGGAGGGUCGGCACAGAACCCUCCACAAAAGAAAAAGGUGUCCCUGCUCGAGUACAGGAAGCGUCAACGAGAAGCUCGCCGCAGCGGCUCCAAGACUGAGUGCAGCUCCCCCGUUUCCACCAUGCCGCCUCUGAGCAUGGACGCCUUUCCUGUCGCUCUAGAGGCCGCCAGUGAGCCUCCUCCUCCCCCCCCUGCUCCCACAGUACUCUGCAACGCCGCCACCAACGCCCCCACGGUCACGGUAAAAGAGCCUCAAACCAAUGAGGAGGCGGAGGCUGCUGCAGAGAAAGGAGAGAAGGAAGGCGGGGAAGGACAGUGGACGUCGUCGACUUCCGUGGAGCAGGCCCGAGAGCGGAGCUACCACCGAGCGCUGCUGCUCAGCAAAGAUAAAGACACAGAUGGUGAGACAGAAGGUGGUGACACGCCUGCACUCAGAGACUGUCCAUCGCCAGGUCUUCAAAAGACCCCGACCCAUGGACCCGUCUCUCCCGGUGCCGUCUCCCAGACUCCAAGUCGUUCAGUGAAGGAGGACGACGCAGAUGCUCAACCUCGGACGCCAAAUCUGACAACGCCGCCAGCGAGCAAACCCGCAGGACCUAAGCCGGCUCCUCUGACCCCCACCAAGCUGCAUCAAGCCCCCCUACCCUCCUCUCCGGUCCACUUCCCUGGAUCCUCACUCCUCCACUCCCCCAAGCCUCAGGCUCAGGGCUCGCCCUACCGCAGCCAGAGGGCGCUGUUCUCGGCGCAGCCUCAAAACCAGCCGCAGGCUCAGACUGGCCCCGCUCCGUUCCCCCAGUAUAACGCACAGAGUGCUCCCCCGCCACCUCCCCCUCCUCCGCCAGCGCCUCCAGUCUCCACAGCGUAUUUUCCCAGCCAGAGCCCCUCGCCCGCUGGACCCUUCCCUGGGUUCAAACCUUCCGUUACCCCCACUUACCCCCCCGGCUCUCAGCCCUUGAUGCAGACUCUUCCCCACAGUGUUCACUAUCAGAGCUCAGCCGUGCCUCCUCCACCUCCUCCUCCACCUCCACACCCGAUGAGCGGCCCCACCCUGCUCCACGUCAGCCUGCAGCCUCCUCCCAUCCAGCAGCACCAGCUCCUGCUGACCACCGUUCCCCCUCCGCCUCCUCCCCCUCAGGUUCAGACGUCCCAACAACCGCAGCAGCAGCAGCCUCCUGUCGGCGGCAACUUGUUGUCGCUCACUCCUCCUCCGCCGCCUCCACCUCCUCCCCCGGCCCCAUCAACCAACCCCCAGAUGCAACCCCACCACUUUCAGAACUUAGGGGGGUUUCAGCCGGCACUGAUGCAUCAAGGCCCCGCAGCCAAUCCCUCAGUGCCCCAAUCGACGUACCCCCCACCCCUUCAGCAGACCGGACUGCCUCCACCUCCACCUCCCCCUCCUCCCCCCCAACAGACUCAACAAGGCCAGGCCCAGGCCGCCGCCUCCCAGAUGCCUUCUGGGACUCGUGGAGCUCCUUCGUCCUCCACCCCCUUCCACAGCUCGGGGUACCUUAGCACAGGGUGGCACUGACCGCCCUCUCUGCUGUCGGCCCCGCACCCCCCACCCCGGCCGCCCCUGAGAACUCAGCCUGAGAGGGGCGUGUACCAUAAGCUGUAGAUAUGUUUUCUAUGUACCUGAACACAUGGCCAGUGGAAAAACAGCUGAUUGUGGGAUAAGAGGGUACUUUUUAAAAUAAAACAAGGACAGAAAAUUUUAGAGAAAAGGACAGUGAAAUAAUCUUCAAGACAGACUGUAAAAAUAAAGAUGGACGAUCCCCCGUCUACCCCCGGUGCUCAUAUCCCUCACUGUCUGGCCUCCCUUUGUUUUGUAUAUCCUUCCUGCGACGGAGAGGAACGCUCUCUGUUCUGUGUCUUGUUCGGACUCCCGUUGUAAGGCCCCGCACUUUGUUUAUCAAUUGACAUUCCAGCCUGUAAAACCCCCACCCCCCCACCCCCCUUUCCUCUUCCUCCUUUUGUCAGUUAUUCCUUUUACUUCCUCUUCUCUCUCGUCUCGUCGGCUCUCUACACCAUUUCUUUGUUUUAAUCUAGUGGCUCAUUAUAGCAACGAGAAAGCUUUUUGUAUAGAGAAAAAAAAACACAAUUAUUUUUUUUAUUCCUCUGUCUAACAACAAAUAUCUGUGCACCGCUGCAGAUUCAGAAAAAAAAGACCCAUUUCUGGGAGCCUGCCUCACCGCCCCCGGGAGGCUGCACUCGUGUGUGUCUGUGUGUGCGUUUGUGUGUGUGUUUGUGUGUGUGGCUGCUUUUGAGGAGGAAGGUGUGUGUGUGUGUGCGUGUGUGCGUGUGUGUGUGAGAGGUUUCGUGUAACGAGUGCUCUUAGUCUUCUGAAGUAGGCAGAGUGGUCUCGCCCACAGGUAGGACGUUAGCGGUUUAUUUUUGAAUAUCAAUGGUUAUUUGUAGAAAGUGUAAUUUAAUGUAUAGGUGGUUACUCCAGCUUUCACCAGGAACAGGUUGUAAAUAUUUGCUUCUUUUCUUUUCUAUGCUUGUACAAUUCGCUCCCAUCCCAUUUUGAAUUAUCGUUGUAAAUAUGAACGCUCUUCUUGGCAAAGCUGAAUGUUUCUGUGACUGUAGCAUUAUUUUUAUUUUAUUUUCCUUCCCUCUCCGGACUCUUCGACUUUGUCCUUUUUUCUUUUUUUUUUUUUUAUUAUUUGUGUGUGAGUGUAUGUUUGUGUGGAGGGGAGAGACUCACAGACACUGCACUGGUUGGCUAUUUUCAUGGUUCAUUAUAAUAAAUCACUGUAAUGACAGUUUUAUACCACU